CUUUUAUCAGAGGCGAUCAUCAGACCGCACAGAGCAGAGAGACCCGCGCAGCUCACAAAUCAUCCGUCUUCACCCGACCUCAUCUAGACAACGGAGCGAGAAAACGUCACUCGCACAAAACCAGGACUUGUAUUAGUUGAAGCUAACUGUUUUAAAUAUACAAAUAUGCUGCUGUGUUCACACUUCGGACGGAGAAGAGGCCAGCCUUAGAAUAAAAGUCACCACAAAUUGUACUCCGGAGAGGAAGAAAGAAACUCAUCGCUGAUCUUGUCUCUGCGCCUUCUUUUCUUCAUUACCUUUUGGAUACAACAGCCGGUCGCGAUGGAAGCCAGAGGAAAAUAUGAUUUUGCUGCAACAGCAGAAGACGAGCUCAGCUUCAAAAAGGGAGACACACUUAAGGUUUUAAGCCCACAGGCUGAUUGGUAUAAAGCAGAGAUAAACGGGGAGGAAGGGUUCGUGCCACAAAACUACAUCGAGAUGCAGACACCGGGGUGGUUCCAGGAGAACGCCAGUCGUAACGCUGCAGAGGACAUCCUCCGGCACAAAGACGUGGGAGACUUUGUGAUCCGAGGGUGUCAGAGCUCCCCGGGAGACUUCUCCAUCUCUGUCAAGCAUGAGAGUGAUGUUCAGCACUUCAAAGUGAUGAAAGACAACAAAGGGCAGUACUUCCUGUGGUCGGAGAAGUUCACCUCGUUAAACAAGUUGGUGGAGUUUUACAAGUCCACCUCCAUCUCUAAGACCAGGGAGAUAUACCUCAAAGACGGCAGCACGGACAGUAAGAGCCCCCCCACUGUACCGAUGGCGAAGAGGGGAAGUUUGCCUGAACAACGUAACAUGCCGGCAGCCAUCGUUACUUCACCGCGCAGAGCUUCAGAUCAGCCUCACAACCAGCUGGCUAAGAGAGCCGGUCUGGAGGAGCGAGCUCACACCAUCGGUCACACAGGAAGAAGCAGCCCCAUCAGAGCUGGCUUUCCUCCCCAGCGCGCAUCUGAAACCUUGCCCCCUCCUCAGAGGGCGUCUAGCAUACAGGUCAAGGCGCUUUACGACUUCAUCGCAGAAGAGCAAGAUGAACUCGGUUUCAGUACAGGCGACAUCAUUGAGGUGUUGGAUCGCUCUGAUGCAUCGUGGUGGAGAGGAAAGCUGCGGGGGAAAAGUGGGCUGUUUCCUGCCAAUUAUACAACGCAGCUUUGAGAAAACACCGCAGGCGAUGCACUUACUGAGCCUGCAUGCGUUCACAGACUGGCUCUGCAGCUGCUGACUAACUGACUUAUUUAAUCUCAGCACUUCAACUUCAUCAAGGAAUGUGAGUCAGUUAAUGUUUUCAGAUAAUAUACAUACGUAUAAAAGGUUAGAGACACACCCAAAUAAACAUUUAUUUGCAAACUGUUAGCUGUUCUGCUGAUGGACUGUGUCUGCUUGUGUUGUAAGUGUAGUCACAUUUUAUACCACAUAAAGUUGUUUUUUAUAUAAUAAGUUCAGUUGAUUUCACAAGAGGUUUGAAGACUCAUCAAAGACGUGUAACUUCCUCACAAUAAAAUUCUUCUUUAAAACUGA